AAUCUGAUUGGUCAGUUUGGCUUUUUAUUGACCUCCCACUCUAACUUCUGUUUGGGUUUGUUUGCUGUCAACUCAGCCGGGCGGAGAUUCAUGGGGCAGCGUAUUAAAAUACACCUCUGGGUGACCUCUGCUGCAGUCUGGAGUGUUUUUUUCAAGUGGGGUGGGGUUAUAAACAAAGAGCAGGGAGGAGCAAUUACAACCACCAAUGUGUAUUUGUGGGGCGUGGACAGAGGGGAAGUAAAUGUGCAUGAGAAAGCUGUGCAGUCCGGGUCUGUAAUAGUUUGCUGAAAGCUCCUUUAUCAUGAGUUCUGAAACAACUGGAGAAACUGUAACGCUGAAGACAGAGGAAGGAGCAGCAGCAGCUGGUGACGCUGCAGGGAAACGUGAUUGGAAAUGCCCCAUGGGUGAUCGUCAUAUCCACAGAGAUGAUGUGAGAAAGGCUUGGAAAGAGUGCCAGGAGGAGAGCUUCUGGUACAGAGCUCUUCCUCUCUCUCUGGGAAGUAUGGCUGUCACUGGCGGUCUCAUCUACAACGGAGUUUGGAACUCGUCAAAGAGAUUGGGUCCCUUUCCAAAACUAGCAGUUGCUGGGAUCCUUGGUUUCGCAGUGGGAAAAGCAUCUUAUGUUGGAACUUGUCGAGGCAAGCUUCAGGAGCUGGGCCUGAAGGAUGGACCAGGAUUUGGGCCCUGGUCUGAGGGAGGUCGUGGACCCUGGAAAUCUGGUCCUGGACACAGAUCCUGCCAUCAUGUGUGUGAUGAAUGUAAGAAAAAAGGGGACGCUUCACCUGCACCUGCAGAACAAACUAAAGUCUAGAGCCUCAUCAGAGACCUGAAGGACUGUGUGUCAGAGAGGAUUCAUCAGUUGCAGCUUUUCUGUUUAUUAAAUGAUAUAAAUUCUGCAUGUAAUUUUUCCAAUGUAUCAGACGUAGUGUAAAUAAUAUUCAUUCACUCGAAACAAUGCACUGACUUGACAGCAGAGGGAGCUGAAAUCCCUUCCUGUCAUAGAUCCUUGUGUAAAGUUUUGAACAAGCAUCACCAAAGAAAGAAAAACAGUACCAGCAGUAA